UUGGUUACGCGGUCUCACUCCGAAAAGCCUUAUUAUAUUCCUUCCCUCCACUCUGUAGAAGCUAUCGGGCAAAUCAUGGACAACCCUCAAUCCUCUUGCAACGGCGACGCUGACGAUCAAUGGUCCGAUGCACUCGACCGCCUCCCCUCUCCUCCUCCACCCGCCAUGACUGCCGCUGCCGCCGCAAAGCCCCAUUCCCCUUCUUUUUUCCCUCCUCCGCCUCCGCUGCUAUCGGCAUCUACGCUUCGCCCUACCUCACCGCUUGAACCAAAGGAAACAGAUCAAGAUCAUCAAUCUGAUUCUCCUGCCGCCGGAGAUCCUCCGGUGUACACCUCCUCCUCCUCCGGCGAGGAACCCUCGGCCCCUAAGAAACAAAAGCCCCUUUCCUCCUUCGCAGAUGACGCCCAAUGCCUCCCCCCUCCCCUUCCAGCUUCUUCCGCCGCCGCCAAGAAACAGAAGAAGAAGAGCAACAACGUAUGGUCUAAAUCUACUUCUCGCAAAGGUAAGAAAAAGGGCAAGCUGAAUUCGACCCCUCAAGCACCAGAAGAUACUGUUCUCAUCACCCCCAUUGCUCGCUUUCCCGACAAAUCUGACGACUCUCCGAACGCCACAAUCUGCCUCUCCCGUGUUUACAAGGCGGAGAAGGUCGAGCUAAGCGAAGAUCGCCUCUCCGCCAUGAGCACUAAGGGAUAUAGGAUGGUUCGCGCGACGCGUGGGAUUGUUGAUGGCGCUUGGUACUUUGAGAUCAGGGUUAUUAGGCUCGGCGAGUCCGGGCACACGAGGCUUGGGUGGACGGCGGAGAACGGGGAUCUUCAGGCACCUGUCGGGUAUGACGGCAAUAGCUAUGGGUAUAGGGAUAUUGAUGGUUGUAAGGUUCACAAGGCGUUGAGGGAGGAGUAUGGCAAACAAGGCUAUUCUGAGGGAGAUGUAAUUGGUUUCUACAUAAGUCUUCCCGAGGGAGAGCACUAUGCGCCGAAACCUCCCAAUUUUGUGUGGUACAAGGGGCAGAGGUACAUGUAUUCUGCCACUGGCAAGGACGAGCCUCCAAAAGUUGUUCCUGGUGAGUGGCUCUUCUUCCUCCCUAUUGAGGAUUCCUAGGUCUUGUUUUUUUUU